CUGUCAACGUCAGUCGGCGUCGGAAUUAGAAAAAACUUUUUAUUGUAUUGAUUUAAAUUACAUUGUCUUCUAAAGACUAUUCUUGUUAAUUUGGGAUUGAAAUCUUCGAUGAAAAACAAUCAUGAAUAAUUCUGCGAUCAAAGUAGCAGAGAUAUUCAAUGAGGCGGGGACUGCAUUCAAAAAGCUGUCUGAGAUGACGAUGUUACUACAUCCAGUUAAUGAUUCUCAACCUGGUGGCAAAUGGACUGAGGAAGAAGUGGAAAUGCUGAGGGCCUGUAUCCAUCGCUUUGCCUUGGACCUGAACCAGCUCAGUCUUCAUAUUAAAAACCGGACAAUUUCCCAAAUAAAGAGGACACUGAAGAAGAAGGCGUUUGAGGAUGCUGGUAUCCCGCUGCGCGAGGUAAGCAGCACGGUGACCAGCCAGCAGCUGCAGGAGCCGCAGGUAGACCACUCCGCCAUCCAGCCCCGAGUGUUAGGAACAAACCCUGAGGUGACUCUGAACAUGUUGAACGCGACGGGCACGGAGGGGGAGGAGGAGAUUGGGGGCAUUGACCUCGAGUUUGAACCAGUCAACGAUGACGUCGCCACAUGAAACAUGUACAGUCUCAAUUUCUGCUAAAGUGUAACCACACUUUGGCAGAACAUUGAGAUAAUUCCGAAUUUUAUUUACUACCCCCAUUGCCUACACUUGUAUACUGGCGUCGCCAGUGAAAAGGCAAGGGACACACCCUUAAACUAAAAUUAUAAAAUAAAUAAAUUUAGAUUACUAACGUGCCUACAAUACAUAUGUAGAUAACUCUAAAACUACUUGGUAGUUUUUCAUUUAAAUAAUAAGACUACUAAGGUGCCUACAAUCCAUAUACAGAUAACUCUAAAACUACUUGGUAGUUAUUCAUUUAAAUAAUUAGAAUACUAGUCCUCUAGUCCCCUUUUAUGGUGCCCCCCUUGUUAAUUGGCUGGCGACGCCCAUCUCUUAGACGUGCAAAAUGUUUUUGUUACGGCAAUGGAAUUAAACGGUAAAGUUGUGAUUUCACGGAACACGGUCACAGCAAUUUCCGUGACAAGACUUGCGGCAAUUGCAGUCAUA